AUGGAGGAGGAGGCCGGGGGAGGCGGCCCGCAGCGGCGGGUGAAGGCGGCCGGCGUAGGCAUCGCGCAGAUGGAGGAGGCCGUCGCCGCCAGCAGGACGCUCAACCAGGAGCAGAAGGAGGUGAUGCGCUCCAAGCCCACCCUCGCCGCCGUCAUCGACGAGCUCGAGCGCCUCCGCGCCCCGCUCGCCGUCGCCGUCGUCGAGGAGGUCUCCGUCUCCGUCCCCCCCCCCCCCCCCCCCGCCCCCGCCCCCGCCCCGUUCGCCUCCGGCUCCGAUUCGUCCGUCCAGGACCUCCUCGCGCUCGUCUACUUCGGCGCCCUCUUCAACGUCAAGCCGCAGAGCGACUUCAUCGCCACCAUGGCCGCGCGCGAGCACGAGCGGAGCAGCUGCAUCACCUACGACUACGUCGGGGACGACACCGUGGACCUGCUCGUGGAGGGCGACCUCGACGUCGUGUCCGCUGUGGCCGCCCUCGCCGCGGCUCGCCCUGCUUCCGCGGUCGGCGUCUCCCACCGCGACGCGCUCCAGGCCUGUGCACACCAUGCCCGCUUAUGGCUCGCCCGUGCCGAUGAGCCCAUCCACCCUGGCUCCUCUGUUACUUAUGCUGCGGUGAGGGCUAAGCUGGACAGGAUCAUGGCAUCAGACUACUACACAGCAGCUGCAGUUGGAGGCUAUGGAGCUGAAGGUGUGCAGGCACAGGAAAGUAUGGCUGCCUCACCAGAGGCAUCAGCAGUGGAGGAGAACCUAGCUGCUGAAGGCCACAAGGUGAAAUCGCAAACUUCAUUUCUUUUCUUGCAUAAUUUAAUUCAUGCUUAGCAUGGUGCAGUUUAUCGUUGCCGUGAGACUGUGUUAUG